AUGGCGGACGGCAGACAGCAACGGGCGGCUUCCCAGCCUGCCUCGAACAACUAUGAUGCUACCGCUCUCAGCCGCGAGUUUGAACAGUUGAUGCGCACAAAACGAUUCAACCAGCUACAGGAAUCCCGAUCCGCUUCUCAAUCCCCAGCGCGCGUUCGCAGUCCUUCCAUUCCGCCGCCCUCUCGUGCUCCUCCGCCACCACCCUUCGGCGCUUCGCCUCACCCGUCUCAACCACCAUCCACCCCGAAAUCGAAUGCCCUCAAGGGUCUCCCCAUUAUGCCCUCACCACCCCAUGAUGCCGCCUCAUUGAAGUUCUUCAACCUCUUGAAGGGUCUUUCCGUCACUCCUACCAAAUACGAGAAUCCUGGUCUUCUGGAUGAGGCUCUUUGCACGAUUCCGCUCGAUCGCCUGUAUUCGGAGGCCGAGGAGGAGAGCCAAAUCAUGCAUGCCCAAGCAGCCAGUACCAAGGGAAAGCCGGAAUGGGGAUACCAGGAUUGUGUGAUCCGAGCAUUGCUGAGAUGGUUCAAGUCGUCUUUCUUCCAAUUCGUCAACAACCCCCCGUGCUCGCGGUGCUACAUGCCUACAAUCGCCCAGGGCAUGACUCCCCCCAGCCCCGAUGAGACCGCCCGUGGAGCCACUCGUGUGGAAUUGUACCGCUGUUCCGAAGCUACCUGCGGUGCCUACGAACGUUUCCCCCGUUACUCUGAUGUCUGGCAAUUGUUGCAGACUCGUCGAGGCCGAGUUGGUGAAUGGGCCAACUGCUUCAGCAUGUUGUGUCGCGCGGUCGGAGCUCGGGUUCGUUGGGUAUGGAACUCGGAGGAUCAUGUUUGGACCGAGGUGUACUCGGAGCACCAGCGACGUUGGGUCCAUGUGGAUGCCUGCGAGGGUGCCUGGGACCAGCCUCGUCUGUACACUGAGGGGUGGGGUCGCAAGAUCUCCUACUGUGUUGCUUUCUCCAUUGACGGAGCCACUGACGUGACCCGACGCUAUGUUCGCAACUUUGCUAAGAACGGUAGCCCCCGUAAUCGCACUUCCGAAGAAGUUGUUCUCUGGUCGAUUCUUGAGAUCCGACGCAAGCGCCGCGAAAACAUGUCCAAGGCCGACCAGGCUCGACUGAUCAAGGAGGAUGAACGCGAAGAGCGAGAAUUCCGAGGCUACACUGCCUCCGCUCUAGCGGCUGAGAUCAACAACCUCCUUCCUCGCAGCAUGACUGCCCGGGCUCACGAGCAGAAGCACGCCGAUGCUCGCCAAGAAGCUUCCACCGAAUGGCUUGCGGCUCAUGGCCACGGCCACUCGGGCCCUGACCGGUCGCCCGGUGGGAGGUAA